GCGCCCUCUAGCGGUCAGACUGUGAAGAGCCAAACAUCCUCUAACUGUUUAAAAGAGGAAGUACAAAGUUCACAAACUGUCAAACUGAAGACAGAGAGUUAAUCACACUAACUUUAAUCAGAAGUUUGAUUUUUUAUAUUUUAUAAAACUUCAUUUUUAUUGUGAUGGAGACGACAGAGACGACAGAGACGACAGAGGGACGAGCUCGAGCCCCGAAACUGAAAGUGAAACUAAAAGUAAACAGCCGUUAGCAGCUAGCUAAGGUGACUGCACGGUCCAGAUCCAGCCUCCUGAAGUUUGAACAUCCCACCUCUGAAAAUGAAGGAGGCGACAGCAUGUGGGUUAAUCCUCCUUCUCUUUGACGUGGUCUUGUAUUUGGGUCUAUGGAUCGGUCUGUUGGUGCUGAAGUGCCCCAGCUGUGGUGGACUAGCUGCAGUGUGGGCCUUCGGGGCCGCGAAGUGGAUCAGUCUCCACGUUUUCACCUCCGUCCUCACUGAUGGGAAGCCACCAGCUGUGCUCGGCAGGUUUGUGGCUCUGCUCUGCCUUCUGUCUCCCGUGUUUGAGAGCGGACAGUUCCUCAUGGCUGCUCCCUCAGAGCCUUACAGAGGACCGUCACCUGACCUCGGCAUGCUGCUCCUGGGGCCGGUGUCCUCGGCAGUGGCCUGUGUGAUUUGGGAGAAAGGACUUCUUCCAGAAGGGAAGGUGAGAGAGGAAAAACUGGAUGCCAGAAAGCUGCUCCUGAGGGUGCUGCAGUACUUCAAACCGGACACUCUUUAUCUGAUCGCAGCUUUCAGCGCUCUCAUCUUAGGCGUCUUCUGUGACUCGUACAUCCCGUUGUAUCAGGGGAAGGUGAUCGACAUGCUUGGAGGUCCAGUGCUGCAAACCAGCUUCGGCUACACGAUCGGACAGCUGGCCCUUUUCUCUCUGGGAAGCGCCGUGUUCUCCGGCCUAAGAGGAGGCAUGUUUAAGAUCAGUCUCUGCAGGCUGAACAACAGACUGCAGCAUGUCCUGUUUCACUCCCUCCUGCAGCAAGAAGUGCACUUCUUCGAUGAAAACAAACCUGGUCGUCUCUCCUCCCGCCUUCACUCCGACGUGGACCGAAUGGGUCGCACCGUCGCUCUGAACGCCAACGCGCUGGUCCGCAGCACGGUCAAAACCGUCCUCAUGCUCAACGUGAUGAUGCAGCUGUCCUGGGAGCUCACUGUGCUCACCUGCAUCGAGAUGCCUCUGCUGGCCAUCAUGCAAAAGAAAUACAUCACCUGGUCUCAGGAGCUGAAGGAUCAGAUGCAGGAGUGCCUCGCUCAGAACAAAGACCUGGCGUUCCAGACCUUCAGUAAGAUCCAAACUGUCCGCAGCUUCAAGGCUGAAAAAGACGAACUGAGGAGGUACAACGAGGCUCUGCAGCAGAUGUCUGCUGUGAAGCGUCGUUCAGAGAUCUACAGCUCGGCCUUCAGCUUGUGUCGGAGGCUGGUGAGUCUGGGGAUUAAAGUCCUCAUGUUGGUCGAGGCCCGUAGUCUCAUCUCGUCCGGUCGCCUCAGCAUCGGGGGUCUCGUUUCUUUCCUCCUGUACCAGAAACCCAUGUCGUACAACCUGAGGGAGAUCAUGUAUUCUUACGGAGAGACGGUGUCCACAGUCGGAGUCAUCGCCAAAGUGUUCAGUUACCUGGACAGAAAACCCAAGUGUAAGGAGGCGGGAGAUUUAGCUCCUGAGACUCUGAAGGGGAGAGUUGUUUUCCAGAAAGUCUCCCUCACGUAUCCUUCAGCGACUGAAGAGAAACCCGCUCUGAAGUCGGUUUCUCUGGAGCUGAAGCCCGGGAAGAUGACCGCCCUGGUCGGACCGUCCGGCAGCGGGAAGACUUCCUGCGUCAGCCUCCUGAAGAGGCUGUAUGAACCUCAGGAGGGCCAGAUCCUGCUGGACGGGAAACCGCUGCAUCAUUAUGAUCACAAAUACCUCCAUCAGAAGGUGGCCUUGGUUUCCCAGAAUCCUGUGCUGUUUUCUGGAUCUCUGAGGUACAACAUCGAGUACGGCCUGAAGGACUGCAGCUUGGAGAAGGUGAGAGAAGCUGCAGAGAAGGUCAACGCUGACGGCUUCAUCUCUGAGCUGGAGAACGAAUACGACACAGAUAUCGGGGAAUCUGGUGGCAGACUCUCAGGUGGACAGCAGCAGACCAUCGCCGUCAUCAGGGCUCUGGUUCGAGACCCGCAGGUCAUCAUACUGGACGAGGCCACCAGCAAACUGGACGUUAAUGUGCAGCAUGCUGUUCUGCAGGAGGUCCUGUCUUGCGGUCGCACCAUCCUGGUCUUGACUCACCAGCUGAAGACGGUGGAGAAAGCCGAUCACAUCAUCUUCAUGGAGAAGGGAGAGGUGGUGGAGGAGGGGACGCACAAAGAACUAAUGGACAAGAGAGGACGGUACCAUCGUCUGAGGGAGGAGCUGUUCUCUUAGGCCCGGUGGAUGAAGCUUGAAGUUUUUAACUUUUACAAAUGAGGACGUUUGAAAUGUGGAAACACUCCUGAGGACCUCACGCUCCAGCUUGUGUAUGAAGGGGAGAGGAUUGUGUGAUUACAGUGCUGGUUCAGACACAUUUUCUAAGUAUUGGAGUGGGGAUAACUGUACUAUAUAGCCACCAUAACUUGGAGUCAGCUCCUGUUAACGAAGCUCCACCAGCACACUGUAGCAGCAGAAUCACAGAGUGAAAUCAAAGGAUCACCGCUGUUCUUGUCUUUUUAUUUGGAGCAUAUCGAAAUGAAUUCAUGUUUAUGAUCUUUUUUUAUUGUGCAGAGGAAGAAUGAAUGUGGCAGAAAUGUUCACAAAUAAUUAAAUCACUCAAAUCAGAAGAAAAAGGAGAGAGUGACUGAUAGAGGAAGAAAAAAAGAACAGACAGAAAUGAUUGUGUGCUUUUGUUUACAAAUUCAUGCCUUGUGUUCUGAAAGCCUUCAACACAAGCUCUUUAUUUAAUUGUGUAUUUUUAACAGAGUAAAACACUACACUUAU